GGCGCUGCCUCCGCGGGCCGCCGCUGCACCAGCACAAAGGCCCCGGGAAGAGGAGGAGGAAGCGUGGGGCCAGCGGCUCCCAGGGCGCAGCGCCGCCCUCAUGGAGCCCAACGUGCGCUUCUGGAUCACCGAACGCCAAUCUUUCAUUCAAAGAUUUCUUCUGUGGACAGAACUAUUAGACCCUAUAAAUUUGGUCAUUUCAGUUGAAAAAAUCGAAAAAUUGAGGCAACUCUUAGCAACAGAUGAAGCCAGAGAGGACAUGAAGAACGAGAAGAUACAAGAGGCUUGGAAGAGAAGUCUUUCGACGGUGCAUCCUGACAAUAGCAAACUGAUCCCCGCUCCUUUUCGACCUGCAGCUUUCCUGCCUUUCACGGGGCCCUUGGUGUUUUUUUCGAUGAUGCCAUCAAAAGGGAUAAAGUCCUUGAUUUUACCUCAGCUUUCCUUCUACACCUAUACGACAGUCUUCAACAUGGUCAAUGGAAACCCAAGCUAUCAUCAUCGCCCACAAGACAGUCUGUUACUAGGGGCAGGAGUAAUUGCUUCGUCAACCUUUAUUGGAAUAAUUCCUAACUUGGCACAAAUGAAGUAUUCCUUGGAUAACUAUCUUGUUCGCUUUUUGAUCAGAAGAGCCCUUCCAGUCCUUUUACUCGCCCAAGUCAGUGGGAUGAAUGUUCUGGCAUCCCGAAGUUUGGAGACCACUCAAGGCAUCAAGGUCAUGGACAAAGAAGGCAAAGUCAUAGGCUGUUCCAGAAGAGCUGGGGAAAAGGCCGUCAAAGAAACAGCAGUAUCCAGAACAGUGCUGUUUGGGACCUCGGCCUGUGUCCCAGAAGUCUUAGCAUACUUUUUCAAAAGGACCCAGCUUUUCCUGCAGAACCCGAGGUCCUUAUGGACCGUGAAGCUGACCUGCAGCAUCCUGGUCAUGGGGCUGAUGGUGCCGGUCUCCUUUAGCAUGUUUCCACAGAUUGGACAGAUACAAUGCAGUAAGCUUGAAGAGGAAAUUCGGUCUUCAACGGAAGAGACAGAACUCUUCUAUAACAGGGGUGUGUAGGGCAAGUUUUAGGUGAAUCUGUCUGCUCCAUGCUCGAACAACUCCCCCCACCCCAGGUUCACGUUUGGAUUACCCCACCAAGUCUCUGGGACCCCCAGUGCCCAGGGGGUCCAGGCUGAGGGCACUUCAGAGCUGUUCCUGCCUGGGAAUUUUGAACCUGGAUAGGAGAAGAAAAAUGGGAGGGGGGUGUCCUGGGUGACACACCCCCACAGGGUUUCUGGAGGGACAGGUGGUAUAAUAAUCAUUUUUCUGUUUGUUCAUCAGCCUGUGAAAGGAAACUGUAAAAUUACUAAUAAACUUGCAGACCUUGAAAAUAGCCUGUUGGGCCAAGGUGGGCACGGAGGUGGCUGAAUGUGGUCCUAGGCUAGGGGGUGGGGGGUUCCUCCCUGUCCCACGGUGGCGGAUCCACUUGCAGAACCUGAGGCUGGGAGGAGUCCCGCCAGCCCACCCAGGGCAUCUCCCCAGAUGUACCACGGGCUACACAGGCCUUUCAGGUCUGGUCAAGGGCAUAUGCCCCAUCCAAAGCUCCCCUCCAGUUGUUGCCUGACCGUGCCAGUGUCUGUGAGGAUCCCUCAGGCCCAGGGCACAGGCAUUAAAUAGAUGGUGCAGCUCAUGACAAAAACCCUCCCGGGGCGAUUAAGGCCUCCAUCCCCCAGAGCCAUGCCGUUACCCUACUCAGCUUGCUCCUAUUCUGGGCAAGUACUUAAAGUCUAUCACGCUCCCCCCCGCUCCAAGUCCUUUCUUUCUCCUCACUGGGAAAUGACCCCACCUCCUGCUUCACGGUGAAAAACACACCCUUGGCCAGGAACGGAACCUGCUGGCACCAAAUCUGAAAACCUCCUUCCACCUGCACCUGUCCCUUCCUGCAUCCGAGGUAAGCUGUCCCCAGGCUCUGGGCCCCUGUUUCCUCAGGGGCCUUGUUCUGUGGACUGUGUGUCCUCUCUGGCUUCAGUCUCCUUCUCUGCUGGCUCCUUGCCAGUAGAUUUUAAACUGCUGGAGACAUGUGUCUCAUUAAAAAGCCAAACUUGUUAAGACUUAUCCACCUUCACUGCUCCCACCCCACCUUCCAGACUGCUCAGCUACCCUCCCGAAACACCAUAUCAGAGCUGAGCCCAGUAGACCCACAUCCAUUGCCAGCUGUGCUUUGCCACUUAUAUGACACCUAAAACUCUACCCCCUAAAUCUCAGUAAAUGGCACCAUUUACCCAGUUGUAUAAGCCUGGGUCCUGGGCAUCCCCUUUACUCGUCCCUCUUCUCCUACCACUAUCCAAUAGACAAGCGCCAUGUAAACAGAUCUCUAGAAAUUACCUCUACAGCCACUGCUACCAGCCCAGCUCAGUCCGACAGCACCCCCUUCUGGUACUGCUGGCAACACCACCUGACCUGGCUGGCUGGCCUCCAGGCUAACUCCAACCCUUGUUCCAGCCUGCUCUUCCAAACAUUUCUGCUUAACAUUAAACACUAGCUUCCCCAUACGUCAGGUUCAAGUCCAAAUUCCUUACCACGGCAGGCAAGAGCAUUAUUCAUCUCUUGCUACUCUGCUCACUCUGGACCAACAUCUACUUCCUCAAAUGGGCCACAGUCUUUACUCCGGGUUUUCGCACAAGCCCUUCCCUCUGCCCUGGGCUUACCCCUGCUUAUACUUAAGGUGGGACUUAGUUGUCCAUUACUGCCUCCAGGAAGCCUUCCAGGAUUCACAGUUCUGGGUUAGGUGCUCCUCCUCUGUGGUUCCCCUAUCACAUCUUGCACUUGGCCCACUACAGUGUGAUAACCUGCUUCCUUGCCCUCCUGUGGACGCUGUGCCUGAAGAGCAGGCACCACGUCUUGUCCAUCAGGGUAGCCCCAGAAUACAACAGUGCAUUGAAUGAAGUCCGGACCCAACACUCGUGGGAUGGAGACUGUUUCCAGCACAACCUCUCGAGUCACUGAGUAUGUGUAUGGCUUUCAGUUUUCUUUACCCUGGGCCAGAAUGAUGCUUAUUUUAUGAUUUGGUCAAAGGGGUUUUGCAAUAGUCUAAAAGGACAAUAUCUGAAAAAUUAUCUACCAGAUGGUUCACUAGACUCAUGGGUUUAUAGUACACAAAAUUAAACGUAGAGAACAAGGGGGUGCAGAGGUUCCAGGUGGGGGUUUAGCCACUAACAGAUGACAAGAGCCACAAUGUGAAGAAUAAAGCUCACUCCCGUCAGUCAGGUCUAGGAAGCAGUCAGCGAGGGCCAGAGCUGGAAGAAAGGGUGGGGCCAGGCUGGGGAGGGAAGGAGCCUGGCAGGCCCAGCUUUCAAAUGCUCUUUAAUAAUUCCCCAGUGGGUCUGCAGUUGAGAAGGAUUUUUAUCUUUUGUUUGGAGUAGCGAGAAUUAGAGAAGAAGGCACAAUUCUUCACCUACCUAAAUUUGUUAAGUAUCAAAAUAGUUCCAUUUCUGCUUCAUAAAUGUGUAAUUUUAACAACUUUGGUCAUUAGCUAAUAUGGUAAUACCAAAAAAAAGGGAGAAAAGGCUGUUAGCAUUCAUUUUCAUAAAGUGCAGAUUUAAUCUUCAAUUGUUCGCCUCAGUAAAUAUCAUUUCAUUUCCCAUCUCCUCUUGCCAUCACCCAAGGAGGGAGGAGAAAAGGCUAUUUUUUUAAUUUUUGCUUAGUAAAUGUCAAACACUAAGAAUAAAGAUCUGAUACCAAGUUUUUCUGCAAACAUUCUUCUGGGUAAGAUUUCUAAGGACAUCAGUGUUAAUGAGUGAAAAAUAGUCUUUCAUAAUUCAUACGAAUACAAAAAAUAACAAGUACAUAAUUUACAUAAUUUUGCUUGAUAAUUUUAAGGUCUCCAAUUACAAAAAAGGUGUGUACUGAACAAGAACAGUCCCCUUCAGACAUGGCCUAAUGGUUUUUACUGAAGUUGUUUGAAGACAUUCUCUGGUCUUGGCCCCUGCAAGAUAGUCUUAAGUCUCUUGCCAACCGUAUAAAAUUGCUGUUUCUGUCAUACAGUUAUAUUCAAAAUCAGCUUAUUUUAUUCUAUUGGCACAGUGUUUAAGAGCUAAGGCUGCUAACCAAAAGGUCAACAGUUCGAAUCCACCGGCUGCUCCUUGGAAACCCUAUGGGGCAGUUCUCCUCUGUCCUAAAGGGUCGCCAUGAGUCAGAAUCGACUCAAUGGCAACGGGUUAAAACAUAAGGACUGGCAGGUUUUUCAAAAGAAUAUUGCUAGCAACAGGGUUAAAUGGAUAGUAUUGACGGCUUAAGUUGGCCAAAUGUGUACCUCUGAGACAGUAUAAAUACGGAUUAUUAAAGUUGUCUACUCAAGUAUAAAAUCUAUGCAAAACCCUCAUAGGCAAAAUGUUCAAAGGCCAAAAAAAAAGAAUUUUUUUUUCUUUUACAAGAAAGUGCAACUGCAGGGCCUUUUAAAUGACCUUUCAGACAGCUGUGCAGAAAACGUAGUAGUUUGGCUCAGAAAGUAGAGUUCCUCAUGAGGAAUUGAAGUUCUUCCUAGAAGAAUACAAAGCAAAAUUUCAGGCAGCUUUCUGAAAAUAAACCGUUAGUUUGUGGCUACACAGUGAGACAGACAGGAACUUAGAAUGAUGACAGCGCGCAAAUCUGCUAGGACUCGCACGGGAGCUAGGCAGAGCUUUUCUCUUACUCCGGGAUGUCGGCCGGUCAACAUUAUCUAUGGCCGUGACAGUGCUUUGUCCAGCACUGACGGCAGGCAUAGAACUAAUCAAAAGGAGAAAAUUAGAUGUGUUUCCACAUGUGUUUCAGUGUUUUCCAGGUCAAAUGUCAAUACUUGCAAAUAAAUCAUUAAAAAUAUAACAUUUUCUUUGUUAUUUUCAGUAUUUUACAUAUUGA